UGUCAUCCCAUUUGACAUCGGUGUUUGGUUGUUCCAGGUGGUACGUGCUGGUCCGCAAUGGUCUCCCGUUCAUCUUCGGCCAUGUCUGCAGCCUCUGCAAACAGCCACCAGCACGGAGGGCCCUUCUCCAUGACCUCGUCCUCUACCUCCUCCAAAGGGGAGGCCCCUUACGGCCGGUGUACCGAGCUGCUCCAGGAACGCGUCUCCAGGGAGCAGUGCUGCGCCUCCCCAUCCCAUACGACGGCUUACAGUGACGAGGAGCUCGACUCUGGAACCUUGUUUUUCUGGAGAGUGCUGGGUGGUGGGGUUAGGUGCAUGUCCUGCAAAAACUCCUGUACAGGCGUCGUAUGUCCCGCGGACCGCAAAUGCUCGAUGCGAGCCGGCGCCCCUAAAUGCGUGUGCACGUCGAAGUGCGAGCGAUCCCCUAAGGGUCACAGGGGUCGUAGGGGCAGCAGCAAAGGGCCCGUUUGUGGCACCGAUGGUCGUACCUACAGGGACGCUUGCCGGUUGAGGAAAAACGCGUGUAGGAAGAGGAAACAGGGGCGGUUGGAGGUGGCGUACGAGGGACAUUGUCAACAAUCUUGUUCAAGGAUCCAAUGUCCAAUGGGCAAGCACUGUCUCCUGGACCAGAAUCUCAGGCCGCACUGCGCCGCUUGCCUCCGUCGAUGUCCGAACUUCCCGGAUGGUGGUACCAAGAGGGUGGUGUGCGCCGUGGAUGGUAAGACGUACCCUUCUGCGUGCCAUUUGCGAUCUGCCGCGUGCACGGCCGGUAGGGCGAUACCAAUCGUAUAUCGAGGACCUUGUAAAGCCAACGCGACCUGCAGCACGAUCCGCUGUCGGCCUGGUGAGCGCUGCCUGCGAGACCCUACGCGCGCGGGUGCGCCCCGUUGCGCCCAGUGCACCCCUGCCGCGUGUCGCGCGCGCCACUGGCGAGGUCUCGCCGGUGGCACCGUCUGUGGCACCGACCGCAUCACGUACGCCUCAUGGUGCCAUAUGCAGCAAGCGGCGUGCCGUAAAGGCGUCGUGGUGGAGACCAGGCAUGUAGGGCAGUGUGCACCUAGCUUGACCAAGAAGAAAAUGGCUGGGAAGGGUCGGGGGAAACAUGAAGAGGAGUCGAAUGGCACUUGAUCCGUAAUAGUACUUAGGCGAAAGAAAACCAAAGAGAUAGUAAAAGUAAUCUAGACGUACGUUGAUAAACAAUAAUUCCAAAAGCGUGUAAUAUAAUAAUUAUAGUAUAUCCAGGAAAUAAGCGCAUUUAGAUCUACAGAAAUUAGUGGGUUAUUGAUAGAUUUUGUAUAAUCUUACACCUAAGUAUUAAUUUUGUUAAUAACACAAUCCUUAAAAAUAAAAAGUGGUGUAUGCUGGGGAACGCACUAUAUUUUUCACAUCUAUUUUUUCUCGCUGAAGUCAGAAUUGAUGGUCACUGGACUAAUAUGAAUAUAAUUCAGCCAUUAAGAUGGCAGAUUUUGUAAUUCUGAUGUCUAAAUUACUAGUGCAACACGCAACUUAUUGUUGUGGAGCUGUGUGAUAUUUGAAAGUUGUCUUAUAGACGCAAAGUUAUCUCAAGGGUGAGCUUGACUUGAUUGGAAAACCCAAUAUAAUUGAAAAACAAGACAGUAUAUGUGUAUAUCUUGUUUCAAAAAUAUAGACUCAAAUCUUAUAGCUUUCACUUACAGUGGUUAUUGUUCUUUCAUUCCAACUUUUAUGGGCUAUGGAUCAAUUUUCGUGCACAAAAAAUGUUGUUGAUAUUGGGUACUUUUGACAGUACUGUAGCGCUUUCCUUGAAUCUACGUAUCUCCAAACUAAUUUGCGACCCUACCAAUUUCUGCAAAUCUAGAUAAUGUUCAAGCUUCUAUUUCCUAGAAUGUACACUGACCCUUUACCUACUAAUAUUACUACGACUAUGUACUACCUACUGCAUGCAACUGUUAUAUCUCCGAACCAGUAACGAGUCGUCUGUAUCCGAAUGAGCAGCUGAAACUGAAAAUGUGUUUUCUCGAAUCUCAAUCACUUUUAAAUAUACGCUGAUAGAGGAUAUGUAUGCAAGCAGCCUAUUUCCAUUAAGAGUGUUCGCUAUGAAAAUCUAUAAACACCGAUUUUAUACGUGUGUACAGGGUUUUACCUUCAAACAUGUUUAACAGGUCAGAUACCAAAGUAAUACCAAAUCUACGAUUUUACGCCUCAAAUAUUUUGAUCGCAAACAAUUCCGAAUUAAUGUACGAAAAAAUGGUACCAUCCUCAAAUCAACAUAUUCUUUAGGUAUGCCGCAGCCCUUUUACGGGAAUUGGCUAUGAC